UAGCCCUAGUCAAAUGCACGCAUCAAAAACAUUGUAUAUUUUUGCGUUUGUUGUUGAUGACAGAUCUUGUGUGUGUAUUGCCGGUUUAGUUUGUAGAUUAGAAGUGCUGUUUUACAGUGUUUAAUUCAAGUUGUUCAACUCGAAAGUUUAAUUGCAUGAGAAAAUGAUGCUUCAAGCCGAACAGCUUAAUGGCGUAACUGAAGAUUUUGUCGUGAAUUUUUGUGAUAGCAUAUAAACGAAGAUAUAUUGUGAAAUAACCGACACUUGCUAGUUCGAUUAUUAUAUUUCAAUAUUUUAUCCUUAAAAUUGGAGUUGGAAUGGAGGUGCGGCAGUUGGAGUUGCUGUGUAAAGAGCUCUAUGAGUCUCAAGAUGCAGGUCAGAGGGCAGAAGCAGAAAAGGCCCUUCUUGGCUUCCAAAAUGCUCCAGAUACUCUGUCGAAAUGCCAACUUCUUCUGGAUCGAGGAGAUUCCUGUUAUGCCCAGCUUCUGGCCGCUACCACUUUGACCAAACUUGUGUCACGUAGUGCCCAAGGUCUCAGUUUGCAACAAAGAGUUGACAUCCGCAACUACGUUCUGAAUUAUCUUGCAACUCGACCCAAACUUCCAAAUUUUGUUAUUCAAGCCUUGGUGACUCUUUUUGCUCGGAUUAGCAAACUUGGAUGGUUUGACAGUGACAAGGAUGAGUUUGUCUUCAGAAAUGUUGUCUCUGAUAUUACAAAAUUCUUGCAGGGCUCUGUGGAGCAUUGCAUGAUUGGCGUGCAACUUUUGUCACAAUUGACCUGUGAGAUGAAUCAGAUCUCGGAAGCAGAUGCAAACCGUUCACUGACGAAACAUCGUAAAAUUGCAUCAUCAUUUCGGGACACCCAGUUAUUCGAGAUUUUUCGUCUCUCCUGUUCACUGCUUGGGACUGCUAGGGAAAACUGCAAGAGUCUCAACUUCAAUGAUGAAGGACAGCAUGGUUUGAUGACCCAGUUACUACGGUUGGCUCACAAUUGUCUUACGUUCGAUUUCAUUGGCACAUCAACAGAUGAAUCUUCAGAUGACUUGUGCACAGUUCAGAUUCCCACCAGCUGGAGACCUGCAUUCCUUGACUUCUCAACACUGAAGUUGUUCUUUGAUCUCUACCAUUCCUUACCAAAUACACUGUCUCCAUUGGCAUUAUCAUGUCUUGUACAGAUCGCAUCAGUCCGUCGUUCCUUAUUUAGUAAUACUGAAAGAGCCAAAUUCCUUACACAUCUGGUCAGUGGAGUCAAACAUAUACUUCAGAAUCCACAGGGAUUGAGUGAUCCAAGCAACUAUCAUGAAUUCUGUCGCCUAUUGGCAAGACUGAAAUCAAAUUAUCAGCUGGGUGAGCUAGUCAUGGUUGAAAACUAUCCAGAAGCUAUCCAACUUAUAGCCAAAUUUACAGUGCAAAGUUUGCAGAUGUGGCAGUUUGCACCAAACAGUGUUCACUAUCUUCUUAGUCUGUGGCAGAGGAUGGUUGCAUCUGUUCCGUAUGUGAAGGCGACUGAACCUCACCUCUUGGAGACAUACACACCUGAAGUCUCUAAUGCUUACAUCACAUCUAGAUUGGAAUCUGUUGCAAUUGUUGUUAGAGAAGGUUUGGAGGACCCUCUUGAUGACCUAGGCAUGGUCCAGCAGCAGCUUGAACAGUUGUCAGUUAUAGGACGCUGUGAAUACCAAAAAACCUGUACGUUGCUUGUCCAGUUGUUUGAUCAGGCUGCACGAGCAUACCAGGAACUCAUGGCCACUCCAAAUGCUCAGCAACUUGACAUCACAAUACAGGAAGGUCGGCUAACAUGGUUGGUGUACAUAAUCGGAUCAGCAAUUGGUGGUCGAGUGUCAUUUAAUAGCAAUGAGGAACAUGAUGCAAUGGAUGGAGAACUAGUGUGCAGGGUGCUACAGUUGAUGAAUUUAACUGACUCCAGACUGGCUCAAGGAGGUUGUGAGAAACUGGAACUUGCCAUGCUCAGUUUCUUUGAGCAGUUCAGAAAAAUUUAUGUUGGUGAUCAGGUGCAAAAGAAUUCCAAAGUUUACAGGCGGUUAUCUGAAGUAUUGGGAUUAAGUGACGAAUGCAUGGUUUUGAGUGUUUUUAUUAGGAAAGUCAUAACCAACUUGAAAUACUGGGGUCGCAGUGAGCAAAUAAUUUCGAAGACCUUACAGCUGUUGAAUGACCUUUCAGUGGGCUACAGCUGUGUCCGCAAGCUGGUAAAACUGGAGGAGGUGCAAUUCAUGCUCAACAACCACACGAGUGAACACUUCCCUUUCCUGGGUAACAGUGUGGCUGUAAGUGAGAUGAGGUGUCGAUCCAUGUUUUAUACAUCUUUAGGCCGCCUCCUUAUGGUUGACCUAGGAGAAGAUGAGGAUAGAUUUGAUGGCUUCAUGCUACCUCUAACAGCUGCGUUUGAGUCGAUCGGUACGAUGUUGGCAUCAGCUGAAACUCCAGUGUUUGCAGCUGAAGAAGCAAAAAAGGCACUCAUAGGACUGGCACGUGAUCUUAGGGGGCUAGCAUUUGCCUUCAAUACAAAAACUUCAUAUAUGAUGCUUUUUGAUUGGAUUUAUCCCAACUAUACGCCAAUUCUCCUUCAUGCAGUUGACCUGUGGUAUCAUGACCCUCAGGUCACAACUCCAGUCUUAAAACUCUUUGCUGAAUUAGCUCAGAAUCGAUCACAAAGGUUGCAGUUUGACGUCUCAUCACCAAAUGGUAUUCUCCUGUUCCGUGAAGCCAGUAAAGUCAUUUGCAGCUAUGGCACCCAUAUUCUGAGUGUGGAGGUGCCCAAAGACCAAAUAUAUCCUAUGAAACUUAAGGGUAUAUCUGUCUGUUUCUCCAUGCUGAAGGCUGCUCUAUGUGGUAACUAUGUCAACUUUGGAGUGUUUCGCCUCUAUGGGGAUGAGGCUCUUGACAAUGCAUUAAAUACAUUUGUGAAGCUUCUGCUGUCAAUACCGCAGUCAGAUCUACUGGACUAUCCAAAGUUGUCUCAGACAUACUACGUGUUACUCGAGUGCUUGGCUCAAGACCACAUGAGUUUUCUGUCAACACUUGAACCCCGUGUGUUCCUCUACAUUCUGUCCUCCAUCUCGGAGGGACUUACAGCUCUAGGUGCGAACCUCAAUUUUUUCACAGAUACUAUGGUUUGUACUGGAUGUUGUGCUACGCUGGACCAUAUUGUUACGUACUUGUUCAAACAACUCACACAGAAAGGAAAGAAGACUCGGAGGGGUGUACCAACACCCAGUGAUAUGUUCUUGCAGGUUCUUGAACUCCAUCCGGAGAUAUUGCAACAGAUCCUGAGUACUGUUUUGAAUGUGAUUAUGUUUGAGGAUUGUCGUAACCAGUGGUCCAUGUCACGACCUCUAUUAGGGCUCAUACUUCUCAAUGAGGAGUAUUUCAACCAGUUGCGUGAGAACAUUAUUCGCAGCCAACCACCAGACAAACAGGCUGCUAUGGCCCAGUGGUUUGAGAAUCUAAUGGAUGGCAUUGAAAGGAACUUGCUCACAAAGAAUCGUGACAGGUUUACACAAAACUUGUCCAUGUUCCGAAGAGAUAUAAAUGACUCACUGAAAGGUCCAAACAUGACUGCAGCAUCUGUCAGUGACAUGAUGACUUCAUAGUCAUCGUAUCAUUCUUCUAGCCAGCGAAUGAAUGAAUGAACAACAGAAAGGUUUAUAGUAGGGAUGCCAAAAGAUAGAAAUGUAUUGAUGCCAUACUCCCUCCUAAAGAUCAAGGAUGUUACAGCUAAAUGAUAUACACCAUAUUUUUUCUUCUUCAUUGAGCAUUUAAAGAUAUUUUUAUAAUCUGUUUUAUUUUAUUCUGGAGUAUGUUCAUGUAAGAAAGAUUUACAUUAGUAAUGUUCCUUUUUCCGUUAAUAUAAAUCCACCGUGCAGGCUUUAAGCAUGUUGAAUGGAUUUUAAAAAGAAAGAUCAAGUGGUUGUAUAGUGAAUGCUGAUUGGCAUCUCUAUUAUUUAGCAUGCGAGUUUGCGUGCUGCAAGCAUGUGUAGGAGUGAGAUUAUUACUGUGAACAUUCAGACAUUUGCAAGUGUAGUUUCAGCAAGGACGAAGAGUGGUUUACACAGCACACUUUUUUUCCAGACUCCCGUGUGCUUGAGUCACAGUGUUCUAAUCGGUGUGAGUGCGUGUCUUACCAUGUGUACGUAUAUGUGCGAGAAAAAGGUUGAAAGAUGGUAUGAAUUUCAUCGCCCCUGUGAUCCAGCGCGAAGAUAUCGAAGAUGAUAAAUCUGAAUAAAUUUUAUGAUGAAUAAUAUUAGGAGGAAAAGUACAGAUCACAUUUGGUAACUAUUACUGUAUUGUAUGUAUGCAAGCAAGUAUAAAUGAAAGAUUUAUGAUGUCACAUUUGUUAUUAUUUCUAUAGCUUGUUCCAAAAUAAAGAACUUGCAAGAAC